ACCUUCGAACCCGGAACUGACGGCCACGCGUAGCCGGCACGGCCAAUCGGCGUCCCGGAAGGAGCGAGCUGAAGCAACUGAGCCAGUGAAUGACAGCAGCGCCGCCCGCCGGUCGCGGCCGCAGCCCUGCCGGUGCCCCGAGCUCCUGUCAACGCGCCCCUCAGGAAGGCGAGUGGCGUGCCUUCACGCCGCGCCUCCCCGCGCGUCUCUGGCCCAGCGGGGUCUCCCUGCUCUCCCCGGCCCCUGCCCCGCUGUCCCUCCGCUGCUGGCGCCAUGGGCAGCGAGCAGAGCGCGGAGGCCGAGAGCCGCCCCGGCGAUCUGAACGCCUCAGUGACUCCAUCUCCGGCUAAACAUCGGGCCAAGAUGGAUGAUAUCGUGGUGGUAGCUCAGGGCUCUCAGGCCUCAAGGAAUGUCAGCAAUGAUCCCGAUGUCAUCAAGCUACAAGAGAUUCCAACCUUCCAGCCCCUUUUAAAAGGGCUCUUGAGUGGACAGACUUCCCCAACAAAUGCCAAACUGGAGAAGCUAGACUCUCAGCAGGUGUUGCAGCUCUGCCUCCGGUACCAAGACCACCUGCACCAGUGCGCAGAGGCAGUUGCUUUUGAUCAGAAUGCUCUAGUCAAGCGAAUCAAAGAGAUGGAUCUGUCCGUGGAAACCCUCUUUUGCUUCAUGCAGGAGCGCCAGAAAAGAUAUGCCAAGUAUGCCGAGCAAAUCCAGAAGGUGCAUGAGAUGUCAGCCAUCCUGCGCCGUAUCCAGAUGGGCAUCGACCAGACCGUGCCACUGAUGGAGAGGCUCAACAGUAUGCUGCCGGAGGCCGAGCGCCUGGAGCCCUUCAGCAUGAGGCCCGAGCGGGAGCGGCACUAGCAGGCACCUCCUGCGCAGGCGCAGCUCCACCCCCUUCCCCAGGGCCCUCAUGCUUGCCUAGGUGUGGCUGACCCACAUGGACUUUCCAGUGUGGUAGUUCUUCGUAACCGAAGUUGGGACAAUUGAAUUCCCGGGAACUCUGUAAAGAACUUUGCAUCAAGAAUUAUUUUUAUUUUGCUCAGAUUUUUCUGAAUUUAAAGUGUAGGUUGUCUAGCUACUGCAAUGAAACUGGAGGAAAUGUUAAGAAACUUCUCCUUGGCACCUUGUGAGACUUUCUGCAGGCUCUGUGAUUUGUGGUUGUAAAUAUAAAUAGUUCUCACUGGUUCCAGUUACUGUUCGCACCCAAUGGCACCCAUCACAUCAGGGAGGUAUCUCGUACUGUCUUCUUGUCCUGCCAGAGCACCAUCUUUUUGUUUUUUCAGUACCACGCCCCUUUUGUGGGUCACUGGAAACUGAAGACUGCCUUCAUCCACUCAUGAAGGUGUUUCCCAAUAGUAACUGCUUUUUCAUACAGAGCUCAGGCUUCUGUCAGCCCAGCAGACCUUGGCUUCCAUAACAAGGUUUGCACCGACAUUUGCUCCCGCCCUCCAGAGGCCGUCCUUCUCUCGUGCAGAGACCCACUGACCUCCACUGGUCUGCCAGGGACACUAAAGAGGCUACAGAGCCCCUGCCCGCCAUUGACGUCUGUAGGGCAUGGAGCUGGGGAAAGAGCGUCUGCCUAUACCAGGAGUCUGAGGAAGGAAGAGAUGCAGUGAGUGCAGGGGACAGGCUUGAAGAUCAGAGCUGGGUCUGCCGCCUCCACCUUCUUCCCUGUAUUCCUCCAGAAUCCCAGAUUUUGUCAGGUGUCAGAAUAGCCUCAGUGUUUUUAUAUAAUUAAAAUGAAUCUGAUUAAUUUAUUGUGUAGCAGCUAAACUUGAUCUGAUUCUAAUCUUGUUUUUUAAUUUGUAGUUUUCUUUAUUACUAAUUGUGAUGUGUAUAUGAUGUGUGCAGCGUGAGUAGGAUCGUCACAGUGCAUGCUUGGAGGUCAGAAGACAACUGUGGAGCUGGUUCUCUUUCCACAGUUAUGUGGAUUCUGGGGCUCGAACUAGGCUUGCAUGACAACACCUUUACCCGCAGAGCCAGCUUACCAGGCCCUGAAAAUCCUGGGUCUUAAUCAGAUACUAAUUUAUAAUGUUCUUAGAACCCAAAUUAAACACAGGGCAUAAGACAGUUGAACGGCAUGAAUAUUUGAACUACAGGGAAGAAAAAGAUUAAAUAAGAUGAAGGGGAAAAUAGUAAUGUCUAGUAAUUUCUUUUUGUGGGGGCUAGGGAUUAAAACCGGGUCCAUGUACUUCUAGCUGGCCUGGGACUCACUACUAGGCUAAGCUGCCCUUGUGGCUGCUUCCUGCCCCUGCGUCCCUCAUUGCUGAGGUGACAGGCACCAUUUUACCCUCCCUAAUAUGUGUGGUAUGUUCCCAGUGACUAAGUACAUUAACAUUGGAGGUGCUAGGCAGGGCCCAUCACCUUGUGGGCACACUCUUGGUUGUGUCCUGCCUCCUUUCUUGGGGGCUGAUGCUUUUGUCCCUCACACAGGAGGAGGUAAGGUGGGCUGACAGAGCUUGGGAAGCUGCUGCACACGGUAGGGCCAUCAUUUUACCUCUGCUGAGCUCCCUGGUGAAGGUGUCUCCACAUUGUUUUCUCAUCACUGAGUGUCAGCCAUUUCUAGAGCAAUCUCCUGGGAGGGACAACUUAAAACAGAUGUCCUGUAGCUCAGAGACCUAUUAAAUCCCCGAGGUCAUUCCAGAGCAUGCUAGGGUGAAGGAAGUGGCAGCCUGCAUUGAGUAAUCUCCAGGUGAUUUCUGUAUAUUACGUGUCUGUCUCAUUUGUGUGUUCAGUUGUCAGAUAAUUGAGGCUUUAGUUCCAGACUGAGUUCUGAUUCAUUGAUCUUUUUUCCCCAUAGUGUUCAUGCUAUUUUUGAUAUUUCAUACUGCUUAGUGUUAUUCCCACACAGUAUUUUGAUACAUGGUGUGGCUAGAUGGAGCCCAUUUCCCUUCAGAAAUAGUUUUUCCUUUUUUCUUUUUCUGAGUUGCAAAUGGGCAGAAAGUUGAACAGUGAUGUCGUGGGCACUCAUUUUUUUUUUUUUUUUUUUCACCUCAGAUGGCAGGAGGCAUCUCUAAAGUCACCACAAUCAUUGUCUUUCCUUGAGUUUCUGGAAUAUCUGGAGCCUAACUCUGUGCAUAGAGAUCUGUUCAGUUGUCCACAGAGUUUUGUGAACAAUACAGGAAUCAGGCGCCACCUCCAACUUUACUUUGCUUAGCCUGUGAUCUAAGUCAUUUGUUUUGGUUCUUGAGAUAGGGUUUCAUGUAACCCGGGCUGCUGGCCGUGAACUCAGUGUGUAGCUGAGGAUGUCUGGUGUUCCCAUCUCUUCCCCCAAGUGCUAGGAUAACAGACAGGUGCCACCACACCCAGCAUGUGGAGGGCAUCUUGUUGUUUUUAGCCAGUAAGCUCUCAAGGUAUCCCUCCUUCCCUCCCCUCCUUGCUUUGUAAACCAGAGUUCCACUGUGCCUUUAAGAACCUAUUUUGCUUCCCUGUGAUGUGUUUAUCUGUAUUUAGGGACAAAGAGAGCACUACUGAGGGUUCUUUACUACAGUGAGGGGCAACUGAAGCUGGCCUUCACUCUUGUUUUAUGUGCAGGUGUUUUUUAUACAUGUUGGGUGGUGUUAAAGCAAGAGAUAAUGAAGUCUGGUGGUGCACAUUUCUCGUCCCAGUGAUUGGAAGACUAAAGAAAGAUCGAGGACAUCUUGGACUAAGCACUGAUAUCUAUAGUGGAACCUGAUAUUCAAAACAAAAACAACAAAACAACCCCCCCCCAAAAAAAAAAAAAAAGCCUAUUAUAAUCUUAGGGCAUUAAGAUUUCAUCAUUUGCUGGCUACUUUUUAUGUGAGCUUGUCAGAGUCCUUUCCAAAGAGGGAACUUCAAUUGAGAAGAUGCUCCCACUAGAUUAACCUGUAGACAAGCCUGAAGUGCAGUUUCUGGAUUGAUGGUUGAUGUGGGAGGGCUCAGCUCACUCACUGUGAGCAGUACCAACCCUGGGUCCUGUGUUCUAUAAGAAAGCAAGUCAUGAGGUGCAAGCCGGGAAGCAGCGCUCCCUCAUGGCCCCUGCAUCAGCUUCAGGUCCCUGCCCUAUUUUCAGUUUCUACCCUCAGUGAUGGACUAUGAUGUGGAAGUGUAAGGCAAAAAAAAAAAAGAAAAGAAAAGAAAAGAAAAGAAAAAAAAAUCCUUUCUUCCCCAAGGUGCUUUUGGUCAUGAUGUUUUAUCACAGGAACAGAACCCCCAAGACAUAUCUUUGUUUCCCUUAUUGUUGUAUCAUUAGGAAUCAUAUAUACAUACUAUGCAUAUAUUCAUGUAUAUUUCUUGCCUUCUUUUAACAGUUAACUUGGAAUAUAAAAUAUACUGUGAACCUAGUUACCUAGCUGUGUUGUCUGCAGAGUAAAUCUUUGAUAAAAUGAGUUUCAGGAACACCA